GUUGUGAGCCUGAGUAGCGGUUGAGAGUGCAGUAGGAGCAGAACUGCUGUCGGCUUCUUUCAUCUGGAUUUGAUAUAAAUCUGAUAAUAUUGAUCGGACUGAAUUGUUGUAUUAGAUCAGUAUUGAGUGUGAGGUGUUAGAUUGGAUGAGUGUUUGUACAGUAACGGUGUUUAUGCUGUGAGCGGUGUGUGUGUGUGAUUGUGUUUAUUCUACACACACACACACACACACACACACACACACAGAGCGGGAUGUGACGUCAUCAACACCUCAGGCACUUCCUGUAACCUGAGAUGAAACAGCGGUUGCCAUGGUUACCCAGAUCCUCCAGGAAUGCUAUUUGCUAUCACAGGCGAUAGCUCCACCCUGCCCAGCCCAUUCUCUGCUGUUAGCCAAUCAGAGAGGAUGGAAAACGUCUCCUCCUCCUUCUCAUGGGAGAACAGCAGCUCAUUGGUCCAGCGCACGCUGCUGGUGACAUCAUCGGGACAGGAAGUGGUUGCGGAUCUGAAUGUCCUGAGCGUACCUGUGCAGGUGUUUUUCGGGGUACUGAUGGUGUGUCUGUGGGUGUUGGCACUGACAGGAAACUCGGUGGUGUGUGUGAUGGUGUACCGGCGUGCUGCCAUGCGCUCUGCCAUCAACUUCCUGUUAGCUAACCUCGCCCUCUCUGACAUGAUGCUGGCGCUCACCACCAUGCCCUUUAACCUGGUAACUAUGGUGACCACGCGCUGGUUGUUCGGCCCCGCCCUGUGCCGGACGUUGGCUGCGCUGCUGUGGAUGUUCGUGUCGGUGGGUGUGGCCAUGCUGUUAGCGAUUAGCAUGGAUCGUUUUCUCAUCAUCGUGCGCAGAGAGGAUCGACUCACCCCGCACCGAGCCAAAAUCCUCAUCAGUGUGUCGUGGGUUCUCGCCUUCUUCCUGUGCUUCCCUCUGCUGCUGGGGUACCCAGACCCCCCACCGCCUCUCCGCGCCCCCCAGUGCGUCUUGGGCUACUCUACAGGUGGUAGUUACCUUGGAUAUGUGUUGGUGCUGGUGCUGGCGUGUUUCUUUUUGCCGUUUGGCGUGAUGGCGUGCGCCUUUAUCGGGAUCCUCGGGUCCAUUCGGCACAAUGCGCUGAGGAUCCGCUGUGACUCCGCCCCCUGCUCCGCCCUGUCCAAGCCUCGCCCCCUGCAGCCGAGCGUGGACGUUGGAUUUAAGACUCGUGCCUUCUUCACCAUCCUGCUGCUGUUCGGGUUAGCGCUCUGCUCUCUGGCACCCCUGGUGGUGCUCAGCGUAUGUGCAGCCUUCAGCAGUUCUCUGUACUACAGUACCGGCUUCUUCGAACUUAGCGCCUGGUUUCUCAGUCUGUGCUUCCUGCGCCCCGCCCUCAACCCCCUCGUUUACUACUGUCGCAUACGCAAGUUCAGACGCGUCUGCUCUCGCUGGGUAGCAAAUCUGUGCAGGCUCCGCCCAACACUGUCUGGACACGCCCACCAUAGGAGUCGUCCCAGUGAUGUGUACGUCUGCGCUGACCAUCGCUCCAGCUUUUAAUUAUUUACUUAUAGAUAUAAUUAUUAUAUAGAGCUCCAGAAUUAUUGGCACCCUUGGUAAUAAAAAAGGACAAAGAUAGAGGCAGUUAGGCAAUGAUUUCUGGUACUUGAUAAAGUCCAUGAUGGUAUCUCAACAAGGUUUGGAGUAAAAAAUAUUAUAACACCAUGGAUUGUUUAUUAUAUAUUUAACAGUGAGGAACUGGUUCUGUUUAGUAGAACCUUCUUUCUUUUUACACCAAACCCACCAUGAGUGUUUCUCUCUGAUCACAGAACCCUGUUUCAUGUAACAUCCAGGAACUGAUGCUUAUGAUUGUUUUAUGUUCUCUCAUGUGGAAUUUGGCCCUGCUGUCUCACUAUAUUCAUACCCCAGUGAAACAGGAAAUCAUAGAUGAGCUCCUAAGCAAGAGGGAACACUAAAAAAUAAAAUUACAACACAAUUUUAUUAUGAACCUUUUUUUAUCAUCUGUGCCAAUAAUUGUGGAGCUGUGUGUAUAAACACUGUACCGUCGGUGCCUGUAGAGCCUCCUGAAACUAGCCGUCGUCUCUAAUGAGAUUAGUUAUCUGGGGAAAUUAUUUAAAAUAAACGUUUUACAGUUAGGUUUACCAUUUGCUGCGGUUCUCUCAGAGCUGUUUGGGUAUGAAUUAGAGCUUUACCCUCAGAAGGUGGUGAUUAGUUUAAACAUUUCACCUUAAUAACAGUUUACACCCCGACUUUAAAGCAAAAUUCUGUAGUUUCUUCAGAAGUAAAUAAGACGACUGUUCCUGUGAGACCUGUAGAAUUAAAGUGUAGAGUUGUUCAUGUGAAGCCUGAAAUGCUGCAGUGAGUGUUAGAGAAUUCUAUUUUAUACUUAUUACUUUAUUUUGUACAGAGUGAGUAAAUGAGUGAAUGUGUUAUUAGUGUUCCUGAUACUGUGGGUGUAAUAUGUUGCUAUUUUUUCUUAACACAAUAAAAAUACAAAUAAUUAAA